AUGCCUAACAAUUACAGUAUUGGUUUUUUUCAAGUCGAUCUAAAUUAUGAUUCACAUCAGGAUACGCUUGUUGGCGUUUUUAGUACUUUAAUGCCAUUGGUGUUUUUAUUGCUCUUUACUAUUUCACAAGACGAAAAUUCAUCUUGGAAGACUAAUUUUCUUCCUAUACUUGAUGAUUUACUAUAUAAUAUUAUUACCUGGGUCAUUCCUUUAAUCAUAUCAAUCAUAUAUGAUUCACGAAAUAAGCGUAUCUUUGCUAUCUGCAAUGCAAUUCCACACAUCCUCUGUAUAAUCAUAAGUUAUUGUAAAAACAAAAAGCUUAACGUAAACAGCACCAAUAAACAUAGUGAAAUAGACGCUGAUGAUUAUCCUUUUCUUAUCGGAGAAAUAUUCAUUGCUUUUAUACCAAUAACUGUGAUACCAACUUUUUGGUUAAUUCAUUUAUCAAGGAAUGAAAAUGCAAACAUUGAAGCUAACGUUAAGAAAGGAUUUAUUAUACUUUUCUCUUUAAUUAUCUUUUUAACCAUCACAUUAAUAAUAACUAUAUGCUUAAUUCCAAAGAAAAUACCUAGUAGAUUAAUUUCAUUAGCUGCCCUAACAACACUUUGCCUUCCGGGUCUUCUUCAAACUCUCUUAAUUAUGUUAACACAACCUGUCAAUUCUCUGUUUUUUAAGGUUUUACUCUUCUUAUUGAUUACUUUUCUAUCCAGAAUAUCAACUUAUUUCGUUGAAAAAUUUCCUUAUAAUUUACGUGCAACUCCUACAACCUAUGUUUUAUACGUUGCACAUCAAUUCAGAAUGACAAUUAACAAAUCAGAACGUACAUUGGAGGAAGUAGAGAGUCGGGUUGCAGCAUUAGAAAAGGACAUUGAAAGAGUUAAGAGUAGUUCGUAA